CCGCGCGCCGCCGCUCCCCGCCCGCCGCCGCCGCCGGAACCGGAGGAACCGGAGCCUCCCCCGCACAUGCGCAGAGCGGGCGCCCGGCGGCCCGGGCCUCGCUCCGCCCGGGCCCGGCGCGGCCAUGGGCACCACGAUCAGCUCCUGUGCAGAGAGUUGUGAGUUCGUGAAGCACCUCAGCAGUUUCUGUCGCUCUUCCUAGAAGGUGUCACAGGAAAACUUCACUCUUUUGUUCCAAGAACUGAGUGGCAUCCCAGAACGGCCUGAGUUGGAUGGCAGCACCCCUAAAAUGUGUGUCCCUCGGCGGCCAUCCAGCCCAGGGUUAGCUGCGCCGCGUCCCGCUGCCGUCUGAUAUGUGCCCCGGUGGCCUGGGGCGGGCUGCUCGGGGCGGGGCCCGAUGCCGGUGAUCCCCAUUCCCCGGCGGGUGCGCUCGUUCCACGGCCCGCACACCACCUGCCUGCACUCGGCCUGCGGCCCCGUGCGCAGCGCGCACCUGGUGCGCACCAAGUACAACAACUUCGACAUCUAUCUCAAGUCGCGAUGGAUGUACGGCUUCAUCCGCUUCCUGCUGUACUUCAGCUGCAGCCUCUUCACCUCCAUCCUCUGGGUGGCUCUCUCGAUCUUGUUUUGCCUUCAGUACCUCGGCAUCCGCAUCUUCCUGCGCUUCCAGUACAAACUCUCCAUCAUCCUGCUGCUGCUGGGGCGGAGGCGGGUGGACUUCAGCCUCAUGAAUGAACUGCUCAUCUACGGGAUUCAUGUGACCAUGCUGCUGGUGGGAGGGCUGGGCUGGUGUUUCAUGGUCUUUGUGGAUAUGUAAAUAAAACCAAGCGCAUGUGGGA